CGCGAAGUUCAGAACAUUUGAGAGAUAUUAAAGCGAUGAGGGAUUCUGAUGAUAGUGAAGCGAGUUCAGAUACCUUCAUUCUCAGUGAAGAGAGCAGCGAAAACAAUUGUGAGAGUGAAGGCGAUUCACAGAGCGAGCGAAAACAAUUGUGAGAGUGAAGGCAAUUCACAGAGCGAGGUGAUUGGGGUAUAUGAUUUAAUUGUGCAUCAUAGUGGGGUGUUAGGAGAAUGUUCGUAUUACGAGGGAAAACAGUUUCUGGUAGGGGAUAUAAAUGGCAGGAGAUUGACAAUGAAUACCCUAGAUAGGUUGCUGGCCAGAAAUGGAAUUAAGGGGUUAUGUAGGUACCACUGGAGGGAACAUAAAAAGCCAUUUUUUGGGGGUCUGAACAUUCUACAGUUUAAUAAGGAUGUUGCAAGAAUGUCAAGGGCUGGGAGUCUUUACGGUUCAGUUCACUUAUACAUCGAGUACAUAACAAAAGAAGAAAUAUUGAAGAUAGUUAAUGAUCCGAAAAGUGCUCCCAAACCUCCUCCCAAACCUAGGCUUGUUUUACAGGAACUUGAGGAUGACACAUCAAUACCUUCUCACACAAUGGGGGCCAGAGGAAGUUCUGUGGGAAGUGUGUUAGCUAUAUGUUGUGUGGAGCAGGAACAGAGGUCUGAAAACGUUAUUGAGGGGAUAAAUGAAAGGGUAGAGGAGAUGGUUGAGGAUGUAUCUGCAGUUCCUCUUUCCACUGAUGGAGUUGUCAAUGAUGUUGAGAACACAGUUGUGAAUGAUGUUGAGAACACUGCUUCCAAUGAAGCACACAAUGAAAGGGUUGACUGUGGAGAUUAUUUUGUUCAGAUCCUGAAUUCUGAUCAAUCUGAUGUGCCUUCUUCAUCAAAUGGGGGUGUAAAUGAGAAAUGGGGCUUUGAUUCUUUAAAUGGGUGGAGAAAUGCAAACUUAGAUGUCAAUUUCCAGGAUAUGGCCAACAUGAGGUUAAAUGAGAAUUGGGACUUUGUUGUAGAUAAUAUGGGGAAUGAUGCUGAGGAAGUGGAUACCCCUGAUGGGACUGAAAAAGACACCUCUGAGAGAGUUGAAGCUGCAGAUGAAGUUCUGGUUGAGGAUGAUGAUGAGGAAGUGGAUACCCCUGAUGGGACUGAGAAAGACACCUCUGGCAGAGUUAUUCCUGAAGCUGCAGAUGAAGUUCCGGUUGAGGAUGAUGAUGAUGAUCUAUAUGAUGCCGACUAUUCUGUAGAGGUAGGGGAUGAGGACUUCUGUGCAAAUAAGAAGGGGAAAAACAGAGGGCAAGAAGGAAACAACCAUAAGAAGUUGAGGGAGGAAAUGACAGGGAAAAUGUGCAGGCUGGAUCAAAAUCUCAAGCGCCUACAUCUGGAGCAGGUGACACUGUGAAGUUAAGCAGGAAGGGAACUGUCAAAAUGAAGUGCACUGUAUGUGGGCAAAUUGGGCAUAACAAAAGGUCACAUGCGCAGAAAGAUACAAUAGCUUCAACACAGCAGGAGAAGGGGCAGACGCAAAGUUCAAGAAAAAACUGGGAAGAAAAAGAGGAAAGCACCUACCCCAAAUGGACCAAGGAAGAGAAACUCAGCUGCCACUUCUGUUGGCAAUGAAGAUUUAGGAAGCUAGUUUUGUUAACUGUGCCUUUUUCUUGUUUGUGAAUCAUGAAGUAUGUUAUGGGCGUUGACCAUUUUUUUGUACAUUAAUGGCAUUCUGAAGUAAACUCAUGGCUGGUGU